GACUGCAUCUGUGUGGUGGAAAUACUACCCACCUCCUCCCGGCCCCGCGCUCAGCGCCACUGCCUGCCGCUACCACCCGCCACGCCACGGGGCAGCUUGGAAUAGGCUGGGGCCGGCGCCGGCCCCGCUGCACAUCAGGGCGAGAGAGCCUGGAAGGCGUUUUCCAGCGCACUAAAUGGUUGUCAGCUUGUAAUACCUGCUCAUCCCCAGCCCUGUGCCUUUUAAUAGAAUUCCGGAGUGGGGAAGACGGCUUUUGUGUGUAUUACUUUGUGACAGCCUGACCAUUAUGUUGGAAUCUAAACCGAGCUGCCCGGGUGAUUGAGAGGUGUCACACCGAUACUCCCACGACGCCAGAGGGUGUAGGAGGGCCGGCUGAAAGCCAGCGCGCGGCCGGGAGCGCGCGGUUGCCUCCUCUCCCGGGCCGGGGCCGCCCUGCCCAGCGCUCGCGCCCCGGCCGCCCCGCAGCCAGGAGCUUCCCGGAGGCCCAGGCAGGCGGCGCAGCGGGCGAUCCCCGAGCGCCCGCAGCGGAAAAGGCACACCAUCCCCGGCUCCCGGAGGCUGCGGCGGCGAUGGAGGCCUCCUGGCUCGAGACGCGCUGGGUGCGGUCCUUGUACCUGGCCUUCGUGUUCUGCCUGGCUCUGGGGCUGCUGCAGGCCAUCAAGCUCCACCUGCGGAGACAGCGGCUGCAGCGGGACCUGCGCUCCUUCCCCGCGCCCCCGGCACACUGGUUUCACGGGCACCAGCAGUUUCUUCAGGACGAGAACAUGGAGCAGCUGGAAGAGUUCAUGGACAAGUACCCUUGUGCUUUCCCUUGCUGGGUGGGGCCCUUCCAGGCUUGUCUCUUUAUCUAUGACCCAGAGUAUGCAGAGACGGUUCUGAGCAGGACAGAUCCCAAGUCCCAGUACCUGUCCAAGUUCAUGACUCCAUGUCUUGGAAGAGGACUCGGGAACCUAGAUGGGCCCACGUGGUUCCAGCAUCGCCGCCUUCUGACUCCGGGCUUCCACUCUAACAUCCUGAAAACCUACGUUGCGGUGAUGGCUCGCUCUGUGAACACCAUGCUGGGUAAGUGGGAGAAGAUUGGCGGUGCUCAGGACACAGCCGUGGAGGUCCAUGAGCACAUCAACUUGAUGGCCCUGGACAUAAUCAUGAAAUGUGCUUUUAGCAAGGAGACCAACUGCCAGACAAACAGCACCCAUGAUCCUUAUGUAAAAGCAAUGUUUGAACUGGACAAAAUCCUAUCUCACCGUUUCUACAACUGCUUGCAUCACCAUGACAUAAUUUUCAAAUUCAGCCCUCAGGGCUAUCACUUCCAGAAGUUGAGCCAAGUGCUGCGUCAGUACACAGAACAGGUCCUCCAAGACAGAAGGAAAUCCCUCCAGGGUGGGGUGAAGCAGGCUAGCGCUGGGAAGACGGAGUACCAGGAUUUCCUGGAUAUUGUCCUUUCUGCCCAGCGCGAGAAUGAAGACAGCUUCUCGGACGCUGACCUGCAGUCUGAGAUGAAUACAUUCAUAUUGGCAGGGCACAGUACCACGGCCGCGAGCCUCUCCUGGUUUCUCUACUGCCUGGCUUUGAACCCUGAGCACCAGGAAAGAUGCCGGGAGGAGAUCAGGGACGUCCUGGGGAACGGGUCUUCCACCACCUGGGAGCAGCUGGACGAGCUGUGCUUCACCUCAAUGUGCAUCAGCGAGACGUUCCGCCUGUUUCCUCCAGUCCCGGCCGUUUCCAGAGAACUCAGCAAGCCCCUCACCUUCCCGGACGGCCGCGCGCUGCCUGCAGGAAUGAUCGUGGUCCUCAGCAUCUGGGGUCUUCACCACAACCCUGCUGUCUGGAAGAACCCAAAGGUGUUCGACCCUUCGAGGUUCUCUAAGGAGAAUUCUGCUCAGAGACAUCCUCAUGCCUUCUUGCCAUUCUCAGCUGGUUCACGGAACUGCAUCGGGCAGCAGUUCGCCAUGCUCGAGUUGAAGGUGGCCAUCGCCUUGAUUUUGCUCCGGUUCAAAGUGGCCCCAGCUUCCCCCACGCCUCUGGCCUCCUCCAACCACGUCAUCCUCAAACCUAAGAAUGGGAUCCACUUGCGCCUGCAGAAACUCCCUGCAUGUCCAAUCCCAGGGUAUGGUGAUUAAAUGCAUUUUGUUUUCAAGUUAAAUUCACAGCUAAUAGCCCAGGCAAAUGCAGGGCAACCAAAGUGUCCUGGGAGAGUGGGGGUGGGGAGGCAAGGGCACCUUGGGAGCAGCCUGUUAUGCAAACACACUUUUAAGUAACGUGGAGUGAUGCCCGUGUCUGUUUCCGUGUGACUGUGGGAGAGUUUUGGAUUUUUUCUGUUGGAGUCUGACUACUGUUAGUGCCAUAUACCAAGCACUUUGUCAGGUGACUUCAGUGUAUUUUCUGUUGCUUUUAAAGUAGUUUUCAGAGUCCCACAGGUGGGGGGGGGGGAGGUGUGUAAGUUCACCGUAAACUAUUUGCAAUAUUAGAAAAGCACUUAGAAGGCUGAAAAUCCCACUUCACCAAGCCUACAUUCCAUACUCUGACCAAGUCUCUCCCAAAACCAAUGCUUUUCCUAAAACAGAAUAUUUUCGUGUGCAUUCUUUCAGACUUUUUCCAGAAUGUUCCAUGUGUACAUAUGUAUGUAUGUGUUCUUAUAAAGGCAUUAUAUCUGCAUUGUUCUUGGUUUUUCACUAAAUAAAAACCCACCUCAUUCCUUAA